GGCGUAGUAAACAAUAAUCGGUGCACUUGCCGAAUUGGCCAACUUAUGCAAUUUUGCCAUGAUAUGAUCUAAAAUUGUUAGUUUUAUCCCGUGAUCAUUGUCGAAUAGUCGAAGCAUGAUGAACGCUCUAGCACAGCGGUGCCUAGGUACAUUUGUCGCGAGGCAAGGCUUUCGGCGAAUGUUUUCAAGUAAAGCCGCUGAAGCUGCAGCCAUAGCCAAUCAAAUACAGCUUAGCAACACCUGCAUCAGCCGUUUAAAGGAAAUCUGCAAAAAUGAUGCGUUUCUGCGGGUGUCGGUCGAAGGAGGCGGAUGUUCGGGAUUUCAAUACAAAUUCUCAAUUGAUAAGCAACUUACCGAAGACGACACCGUUCUACGGCGGGAUGGGGUACAGGUGGCUAUCGAUAACGCAUCGAUCGAUUUUCUGAGCGGUGCAACGAUCGAUUAUCAUACGGAGCUCAUACGUUCCGGAUUUCGGGUGAUCAAUAAUCCAAAGGCAGAACAAGGCUGUUCUUGUGGUGCUUCGUUUGCAGUUAAGUUGGACUAGACCUGUUUGAAAAUGUAGCUUUAAAAUAUGCAAGUUAAAAUAUAAACAACGUGUCUAA